CUCUCCCAGCCUUCAGAUGGGUUGUGUUGAGCAUCCAGGAUGAAGAUGGAGAGGUGCCUGGAGCCCAGGAUUUGGUGGAUUUCUCCCCCGUUUAUCGAUGCCUGCACAUCUACUCUGUCCUGGGUGCCCGAGAAACCUUCGAGAGCUACUACAGGAAGCAGAGGAGAAAACAAGCCCGACUGGUCCUGCAGCCUCCCUCCAACAUGCACGAAACCUUGGACGGCUACAGGAAGUAUUUUAAUCAAAUUGUAGGGUUCUUUGUGGUGGAGGAUCACAUCCUGCACACGACUCAGGGCUUGGUCAAUCGCGCCUACCUGGACGAGCUGUGGGAAAUGGCCUUGUCCAAAACCAUCGCCGCCCUCCGGACACACUCGUCCUACUGCUCCGACCCCAGCCUGGUGCUGGACCUGAAGAACCUCAUCGUCCUCUUUGCUGACACACUCCAGGGCUAUGGCUUCCCAGUGAACCAGCUCUUUGACAUGCUGUUGGAGAUCCAGGACCAGUACAGUGAAACCCUCCUGAAGAAAUGGUCAGGAGUUUUCAGAAAUAUACUUGACUCAGACAACUACAGCCCCAUCCCGGUGUCAAAUGAAGAACUUUACAAGAAAAUAGUUGGACAGUUCCCAUUCCAGGACCCUGAACUUGAAAAGCAACCCUUUCCAAAGAAGUUCCCCUUCUCCGAGUCUGUGCCUAAAGUUUACAAUCAGAUCAAGGAAUUCAUCUACACCUGCCUGAAGUUCUCGGAGGACCUUCACCUGAGCUCCACCGAGGUCGAUGACAUGAUCCGCAAAUCCACGAACCUGCUGCUGACCAGGACGCUGAGCAACUGUUUACAGAACGUCAUCAAGAGGAAAAAUGUGGGGCUGACAGAGCUUGUACAGAUUAUUAUAAACACCACCCAUCUGGAGAAAUCCUGCAAGUUCCUCGAGGAAUUUAUCACCAACAUCACCAACGUGCUUCCGGAAACCGUGCACACGACGAAGCUCUACGGGACCACCACCUUCAAGGACGCCCGGCACGCGGCCGAGGAGGAGAUCUACACCAACCUGAACCAGAAGAUCGACCAGUUCCUGCAGCUGGCAGACUACGACUGGAUGGCCCCGGAGCCGGGGAGCAGGGCCAGCGACUACCUGGUGGAUCUCAUCGGCUUCCUGCGCAGCACCUUCGCCGUGUUCACCCACCUCCCGGGGCAGGUAGAUGUCCACUCUACCAUGUCGGUGAGUACGAGGCUUGCGUGUCGUGCCUGUCCGGUCUGCUCUGCUCUCACCUCCUGGUGUCGAGGGGGGGAGUUGAACCAGAAAAG